AAGACUAUUUCGGACUUUAACAAUGAAGUCUGUAUUACAACAAGAUGCAGGCAACGGCGGGGAUUCAACGAAAUGGAUUCUUGAGAGCAUUGAGAUUGAUCCCAUGGCAGACAAGCCCCCCAACAAUAGAUUGGAGAGAGCGUUAUCGAGGUGUCCCAGCGAGGAAGAUGGAACCCUCAAGAAGAACACAAGCAAGGGUAGCAGCAGGGUGAGUGCAGUCCAGGGUAUUGCCCCUCUCCCUCCUGGGCCGACCAGGACAAAGUCUCGUGCAUUCAAAGCGCUGUGGAGCAUACGGUUCCUCUCAAGGACAGCCACAGGGAAGGAGGACGAUGCGUGGAGGGUCAUCGAGGGACGAUUUAAACAAUGUGCAGUUGAUGGGAGACUCUUAAGAGACAAAUUUGGAGCCUGCAUUGGGAUGGGAGAUUCGAGGCAAUUCGCAGGGCAGUUAUUUGAUACCUUGGCGAGGCGCAGGAAUGUAAAUGCAGAAAAUGGGCUAACUCUGGUAGAAGUGAGACAGUUUUGGGAGGACAUAACAAGUAAGGACCUGGACUCCCGGCUUCAGAUUUUCUUUGACAUGUGUGACAAGAAUGGUGACGGGAAGUUAUCUGAGGACGAAGUGAAGGAGGUGAUAGUGUUGAGCGCUUUGGAGAACAACCUAACAAAUCUUCAGCAACAAGCAGCAGCACAUGCGGCUUUAAUCAUGGAAGAGCUUGAUCCGGACAAUUUGGGAUAUAUAGAGAUGUGGCAACUAGAAACGCUACUGCGAGGGAUGGUGUGUACCAAGGAAAACAACAAUUUCAUUAGGAAAAGCCAAACACUAACAAGAACCAUGAUCCCCAGAAAAUACAGAAAUCCAGUCAGCAAGUUCCUGCAUAAAACCUUUGAAGUUAUACUUGAUAACUGGAGGAGAAUAUGGGUUGUCACAUUGUGGUUAACUGUCAACUUGAUGCUCUUUUUCUGGAAGUUCAAUGAAUACAGACACAAAGAUACAUUCGAGAUAUUGGGUUAUUGUUCCUGCACUGCCAAGGGUGCUGGCGAGACUCUCAAAUUCAACAUGGCUCUCAUUCUCCUCCCUGUGUGCAGAAGAACUCUUACCAAGCUCAGAUCAACCUUUCUCAGUAAUGCGAUCCCUUUUGACGACAACAUAAAUUUUCACAAGUCAAUUUCACUAGCAAUUGUGAUAGGGACUCUUGUUCAUACAAUCAUGCACGUGGCUUGCAAUUUUCCAAGGCUGGUUUUGUGCCCCGAACUUAUAUUCACAAAAAUUGUUGGACCUUACUUCAAUUACAAGAAGCCAACGUAUGCUUCCCUGCUAGAAAGUACUCCCACAAUAACUGGGAUACUCAUGAUCAUUAUAAUGUCCUACUCCUUCACGCUGGCGAUGCACUCUUUUAGGAGGAAUGUCAUCAAGCUGCCUGGGUCAUUCCACCAUUUGGCAGGGUUUAAUGCUUUCUGGUACGCACACCAUUUGCUGGCCGUGGUUUAUGCCCUCCUGAUUGUUCACGGAUACUUCCUUAUUCUUGUCAAGGAGUGGUACUUAAAGACGACAUGGAUGUAUGUCAUGUUCCCAAUGGCCUUCUAUGCUAGUGAGAGAGCUUUUACGAAAAUUCAUGAUCAUAAUUAUCGUGUCAACAUAGUUAAGGCUACAAUAUAUACAGGAAAUGUCUUGGCACUAUACAUUAGCAAACCUCCAGGAUUCAAAUAUAAAAGUGGAAUGUACCUUUUUGUCAAGUGCCCAGAUAUAUCAACUUUUGAAUGGCACCCCUUCUCCAUCACUUCGGCACCAGGAGAUGACUACUUGAGCAUUCACAUAAGAACUUUAGGAGAUUGGACAAAUGAGCUCAAGGACAGAUUUGCGAAGGCUGGUGAUGCACCCUCUCCGCAACCAAGAAAGGGAAGACUUGCAAGAAUAGAAACUAGAGCAAUGCCAAAAAUGGGAAAUCCAGAACCCAGUUAUUUCCCUAAAAUCCUCAUCAAAGGACCUUAUGGAGCCCCUGCCCAAGAUUACUGGAAGUACGACAUUCUCUUGCUUAUUGGCCUGGGAAUUGGAGCAACUCCCUUCAUCAGCAUCAUAAAGGAUCUAGUGAACAAUGUCAAGCAAAACAAUGUCAGCUCAGGCUCAUCACAUGGCUGUUGCUUGGACAUAACUAGAAGAGGUCCUGAAAGAGCAUAUUUCUAUUGGGUGACAAGGGAACAAGGCUCCUUCGAAUGGUUCAAGGGUGUCAUGGAUGAUAUUGCGGAGCAUGACAGCAAUAAUGUAAUAGAAAUGCACAACUACUUGACUAGUGUUUAUGAAGAAGGGGACGCACGGUCUGCUCUUAUUGCCAUGGUGCAGUCGCUACAACAUUCUAGGAAUGGAGUUGAUAUCGUCUCAGAAAGUCGGAUACGGACGCAUUUUGCAAGACCCAACUGGAGAAAGGUGUUCACUCAUUUGGCAAGUAAACACAACUCUGCUCGAAUAGGUGUUUUCUACUGUGGAAGUUCUACACUAGCAAAACCGCUAAAAGAUCUUUGCCAAGAAUUUAGCUUAGACUCAUCGACCCGUUUCCAUUUCCAUAAGGAAAACUUUUAGGAAUCUAGAGUAGCUAUACUGCAGAACAAAACUUAUGUAUAGCAGAAAAAGGGCUUGAAGGUGUUCAUAUUUUUUUAAAAAAAAUUAUUAACUGUAAUAUAUGAAAUAGGAUAAACACACACACAAACACACACCUUUCAAGUUUGAUUAGGAUUGCCAUAGCUUUCUCUACUUUGAGUUUUGAAAUUAUCUUGUAACUAAGGUUCUGAGUUAUGAGCUUCUAUGAGGUACUACUUCUGACAAAGGCAUCACCAAUAAGCCCCACAAUUAUAUAAUUGGAAUAAGUACAACUGUAUGGUUGGCAGAACUUCCAUGAGAUCAUGCCAAUGGGAUUUAUAGAUGCUGCAGCUUGCAUGCACCUGGCGUUCACCCGCCUUUUGCAAAACGCAGGCAACCUAAACCCUGUUACAAUAAUGUUAAAAUUCAUUCUUCCCUUUGACUAUCAUGACCAAUCUUCCAAAAAAGAAUGAAUUGAAUUCAGCAGAUAAUAAAAAAUGAAGGCUUCAGCCUCUGGUAGCUCUUGGGGAUUCUCUCCCAUGUCAAAUCCUCUUAUUUACAGAGACUAUAAUCAAUCUAUGUGAUUUGUGCGUGUCGCCGGA